GGGCUACCUGCCCCUCAGCUGCUGGGUCUCUCCUCCUGCUGCCUCCAGACGCCUGGCUCGGACCAAUAAGAAUUCCUGAUGUGGUAUCCUGGCAAUGGGCGGGUUUCCAUGGUCAUCACCGGCUUGGCAGGAGAGACAACGGUCUCCCAAGUGCUCCUCUUUGUGCCUUCCUUUGGUCUAGCUUGGACUCGCUCCAACGUGACUUUCAGAGAAAUGGACUCUGCCAUAGACAGACUGCCUUCUCCAGAAUAUGCCUUGUCUCCAUGGUAACGGGCCUCAGGCAGACCCAGAAAAACAUCGGGCCAAACUGGUCCACUCCUGUCCAACCUACCUGAUCCUGGACUGUGCUGAAGAGGAUUUAACGAGAAAUCAAGCAAUGAAUCACUCUUCAAAUAUUAGUCAUGUACUCAAUUAGUUCCUGUAGUUAUUUUACCAAUUAAGGUGCAUUCAAGGACCCAGAAUGCCUAAAAUACUGCUUGAAAAUUUGUUGUUUUAGUAGAUGUACUUUCUAAUCUUUUGGGAUCACAAUGCAGACUUGGACUUUGUAUACUCUCUAAAUUGUGCCCGAGAACCAGGACUCUGUUUAAAAGUUUCCCUUCCUUGAUAAUUAUGUCAGGGAUAUAUUCAGUCUCAAUUAAGGGUUCUUAAUCGAGCAGCACCAGUCCCAAACUGGACUGAAAGGAGUCCUACACCAGGACCAGGAUGCACCAGCUGUUCAGCCAGGUGCUGGGGCAGAGGGAUCUAUCCAGAGCGGGGGAUCUGUUUUCUCUGGAGGACACAGAGAUCGAAUCCUGUCUGUCUCAGGCUCUGGACCAGAUCAAGGCCAUCUCCUGCUCACUGGACUAUUUGACCAAUGACAACGACCAGGCAGUGGUGGAGAUUUGCAUAACGCGCAUCACCACGGCCAUAAGGGAGACGGGCUCCAUCGAGCAACACAGCACGGCGCUGGUGGGGCUGUGGGAGUCAUGUCUUGAGCACAACCUCACCCCUCAAGGUGAAAACACAGAAGACACGCCGCAUGCCAAGAUAGCAUCCGACAUCACCAGCUGUAUCCUGCAGAACUACAGCUGUCCGUCAGUCAUGGUGCUGGCCGUCCCGGUAGCAGUGCGGUUCCUGCAGCGAGGGAACAGGGAGCUGAGCAGGAACAUGUCCAGUUAUCUCUCCCUGGCUGCUAUUGCCAAAGCUGAUCUGCUGGCUGAACACACGGAGGCCAUAACGCUCAGCGUGCUGGGAGGUAACCACAUGUUGUUACGGGUGUUACCCUCAGUCUACCCCAGACAGCCAGAUACCCUCCACUGUCACCUAGGCAAUCUCACCGCGAUGAUGUCUCAGCUGGAGUCCCCAGAGCAACAACACCUCAUCAGACUGAUUCAAAUUGUUGCCGAGCAACAUCCACUAAUGUUGAGCCCUCAGGUGCCUACGCUAGUCAGUUAUCUAGGAGACCAAUCCCUGACUGAGGCCCUGCUGGGUGCGCUCGUGGACGUGUCACAGGCCAGCCCUUCCUCGCUGGUCAGCUUCCUGCCAACGCUGAGGAUUGUGGGACAACAAUGCCCUGCUCUCCUGGGUCCUGUGGCCAAAAUCCAUGGUGCCGUCGGUAUCAUUAGUGAGACUCAUGCACACAGCUCGUUGGUCUACCUGGUGUCCUGUCUAGGCAGCAUGGAGCACAGCUUUCACCACACACUGCUGCUGGAGAUCAGAGCUCUGACAGACCGCUACCCGUCUUUACUGGGAGGCUGCGGUAAAGACAUCUACAGGAUGAGCAACUCGUUCACUGCUAUAGCCCGACUGCUGGGGAGGAGACUGGAGGAGAGCAUGGCCAUGCACUGCAGGGUGGACGAGGUGUGCCCGCCGUCUCCCUGUGCAUCUCUUCCAGGGGGAGGGAGGGCGUCAGAGCAGCGGCUGCAAGUGAAAAUUCAGGCCUUUGAGGAGAAAAUGGGGGAGGAGGGGGUGGAGGAGGAGGUGGAGGAGGACUCUCCUGCCCCCCAGCGUCGCUACAGCCUGAGCCAAGCCGUCAGGGACGAGAGACGAGAGAUGAGAUUCAACAGGUCAAAGAGCCUGGCCCUCCACGCUGUGCGCUCCCGCUCCAUCAACUCAGACACCGGAGAGGACGGUGAGGGCCUGGAGCCAAACCCGGACAACAUCAUCUCCAACACACUGGUGAAAUCGCACUCAGAAAACCAGGAAGCACCACCCACUGAAAGAAAACUGAUAGGUGACGGCUCGAUGCCUGUCUCUGCUGUCCUGGACAGAGGGGUCAAAGAGGCUGAGAAAGAUCAAAGCAGAGCGAAGGAUGGAGAGACGGAGGAGCAGGAGGACGCUGACAGACUCUUCAUCCAUUUAAGAGACAACAUGGAGACGAUCAGAGAGUUCUGUAGAGACAUGGUGCAGCAGAUCCCCAUACCAGAGCAGUGUGUGAUAGACGAUUCAAAUCGAGGAUGUGUGGCCAAGCUGUCGUUCUCCUGUCCUCUUAAGGGCCACUACUGUCUGUACGCUAAGUCCUGUUUCAACCUGACCAGCCGACAGCCUCAUCUUUGGAUACACAUCAUGCUGCUACACUUACAGAGUAAAUCCAGUGUUGCCCUGUGCUCCAGAGAUGAGUGUGUCCAGAGGCUCGCCUCCCUCUGGGAGAAGACUCAGCUAAAAGGAGCUCACAGCUUCCCCAUGGCUAUGACACAGCACACCACGCCACACAGAAAGGACAUGGACAGUCUCCAGAUUCAGCUGGAGGAGGUGCGUUUCUUUGAUCUGUUUGGCUACAGUGAGGAAGAGGGAGGAUGGCUCUGCUUCAUGUGUAACAACCCUGAGAAGGCCACAGUCGUGAACCAGGAGGGACAGCCUCUCAUCGAGGGGAAGCUGAAGGAGAAGCAGGUCCGCUGGAAGUUCAUCAAGCGCUGGAAAACCCGCUACUUCACCUUGGCAGGAAACCAGCUACUCUUCCGGAGAGGCAAAUCAAAAGACGAGCUGGAUGACAUCCCUAUUGAGCUGAGCAAGGUCCAAAGUGUCAAGGUGGUAGCCAAGAAGCGGCGUGAUCGCGGUCUGCCACGAGCCUUUGAGAUCUUCACUGACAGCAAGACAUACGUGCUGAAAGCUCAGGAUGAGAAACAUGCUGAGGAGUGGCUGCAGUGCAUCAACGUGGCCGUGGCUCAGGCCAGAGAGAGGGAGAACAGAGAGGCGACCACCUAUCUGUGAGAGCAACGGCAACACAGUCAGCUGACGAGGACACAUACUGUACAUGUGCGGACUAUUGCAAACUCAUGCAUGCACAAACACUGUGUGAUGUUGCUACACACUAUGCUGAGUACUAUUUUGUUUAGCUGUUCACAACAACAUCCACUGCCAGUAGCAUAACUUUAUAUCUGUCAUUGGGAGCAUACAACGCCUGUCAGAAACAAACAAAAACUCAUGCAGUAUUUUUUUUAAAGACUUGAAAUAAACCAGCAAUAAAAGGCUGUAUGGUGUGUAUCCAACCAGAAUGAAGGAUGGUUAUACCAUGGCCUCGCGAUCCAUCUACAGCUGUGGACCAUCAUAAAUGUGUGUUACAAUACAUAAGUGUUAAAGACUGAAGUUUCACCUGACUGGAUCAUACAGCGCGGAACUUUCAACUUCCUCCGCUUGAGCCCAGACAUGACUGCGAGCUUCAACAACCAAACAAAACCAGCAUCUGUGGAAACUUGGGAUUUCUGGGUUUAAUGGUGCAUGAUGAUUGAGAUGAAUUUGAGGCCAGAGUAGUAUUUAGCAAUAAAGACUUCAUAGAAGCUCCGACCUCAUAAGGACUUGAAGCAAUAAUGAGACUGAACAGAUUCUCUUGAAAGGAAGGAAGGAUGAUGAAGAGGAGCCUAAUGGACAGCAGAUGGGAAGGGCAUUCAAUCCUGAAACUGUGUGUGUGUGGUUGUGUGUGUCUGUGUCUGUGUGUGAGAGAGUGCAUGAUGAAGUCUUAAAGGAAGAGUUCAACAUUUUGGGAGAUGCAUGUUUUCACUUUUUGCCAAGAGUGAGAUGGGAAGACUGAUAUCACUCUAACAUCUGUGCUCUAAAUAUGAAGCUACAGCCAGACGUUGGUUAGCUUAGCUUAGCUUAGCAUAAAGACUGGAAAUAAGGGGAAACAGCCAGUCUGGCUCUGUCCAAAGGUAACAAAAGCCUCAUACCAGCACCUCUUAGGGUGCUUUCUCAUCUGCCCUGUUUGAUUCAGUACAGACGAAAUCAAGUUAGUUUGCCCCCUAAGUGCAGUUUGUUUGGGCAGGUGUGAACACAACAACGACCGGCCCAAGACUUUCUUGAAGAUGUGAUCUCUCUCUACUGCACGGCUGUAAAGUUUCUUGGAGGCAUGGUUGCGUGGUUGUGACGUUAUCGCAGUGACAAUAUUUUUGACAGACAGACGUAUAAACACCUGAAAAAGUACUCACAAAGGUUUCUGUGGUAGUUCCCACUACAAUAGGUGUCUCCAGGACUAAACUUCUUCAUGAUGACUCACAAAGUGAAAACAAUACCUGCCAAUGCUGUUGCAGCAGGUAACAACGUUAUCGUAGCUGGAAACAACUCUGUUGCUGCUGGUAAACAUGACAAGUUGGGGUUUUUCUAGUCUCGCCACCAGACAAUCAGAGAUCUCCGCCUUCUGAUAGUCUGGGGACACUCCUUUCUAAAGUGUGUUUAACACACCGGAGAAAACGGCCGGCAACAAAGCAACGCCUCUUGCAUUUUUGAAAAGGACACGCCUUCCCGGAAACGUGCGCUCCCCCUUUUCUCGUCUGCAAGGACACAAACACACAGAGAGCUUGAAAAUGGAUGUCGAGAGAUUUAACUCCGUUUUAUCAAACGUGUGCUCAGUCCGCAAGAUUGUGGAAAUGAAGGACUUACAGCAACUUUGUUUAAAACUUUUAACGCAGUCGGACUAUGUUUACGAGCACAAGAGUUCAGCGAGCCACCGAAGGACCGCCCUGCGGAUUUACUAUUGGUUCUGCAACGUAGGGAGUUUUUUUUAAACUCUGAAAUUGUAUCCGCCCAUCUAAACACAAAAUCAGGGAGAAAGACAUCAGUCUUUAGUUAAGCAAAGCGUUUAAAGACUGACUUGUGAGUCUAGGGUUUUUCAGGUGUUGUGCAUGGGACUAUGUCUUGGCCAGGUGCGGUGACUUCCUGGGGUAUCUACUGGCUGCCAGGCAACCCCAUUGUGACUGCAAGAUUUCGGGAUGUCACUGACCAAGAAACAGUCCCGCACAAAGACAUUUUCAUAUUAGGUAUAAUUAUCCAUAUCAAGUACCAGAACGAUCCUCUCCCUUCCUACUUUAUCACCCAUGGCUGUGCAGUACAGUUCAGAGCAUGCUGCUGGCAUAUGUAGAUUUAGAAGGAGAUUGGCAGGGUUGAGAAAUGCCUUUGCAACUUUACUCAUAAACUGCUACAUGGGUUAAAUAGCUGUCAACUUUGGUGUUUUGGUACAGUUGGUUGUCACACCUGUUGCGAUCUGUACCCGAGUACACAAGAACCAUACUCCAGACCACCUACUCAAAAGACUCAGCCAUGGAUCAAUGUACUAUGCCUGGAUAUGUGCCUGAAUAUGGUUCUUAGUGUUCACACUAAUCAAACAAACUGGACUUUGUUGAAAAAGUCAGAUCCGGGCUCAGGUCCCUGAUGUAAAAGCCUCCCAAAACUUAAUGACCUUUGGACAGAGCCAAGCUUGCUGUUUCCAUCUAUUCCAGCCUUUAUGCUCAAAUGUGCUAACCAGCUCGCUAGCUUCAUAUUUCUUUAAUAGACAUUUAACACACAUGACUACAAUGUUGUCAUCAUCAUUAGCAAGAAAGCGAAAAAGCAUGCUUCCUAAAAUGUGGAACUGUUUAUUUAAUAUACAUAUUUUUUCAUGUAAAAUAUGGAUAUACAUAAUUUAUCCAACAUUUUAAACUAAUUUGUGUCAAGUAUUUUUUGUGUUUUUGAUUUAUUCUCUAUUUUUCAUCACUAACAAAUCUGUUUUCCUCCAGUCAGUCCGCAACAGCUCAAGUUGAGCUAUUUAAAAAUCAGAGAUUUUCCAUCCAACAUAUAAGAACACCUUGUUUAAAGAAAAAACAUUCAGACCCUAUUUUCUGUUUCUGCUCUUGUACUAAAGUAACUUAUGAAGCAAGUCCCCUAAGAGUUAGUGCAGUGGUCAGAUUUCUGUUCUGUUGCAAUCUAAGUACUGUAUGGACCAGGCUAUUUUUGGCUUUCCGAACAAGAAACGUCUGCAACAAUUCCCUCCGUGUUUUACGAGGAGCAGUGUCAGCUCAACUGUUGCUCAAUAGUAAAGUUUGGGCAACAGAGUUCUAAGAAAACAGUGAAGUAAAUUAGAGGUUUCCUUGUGGAUUUCGAGACCGUGCCAGUCCAGUCAUACUGAUUUAAUUUCGAUCGACGAUUCAGUGAAGGUUUUUGUUUAGACAGCGAGAGACUGAAGGUGAUGUGCAGCAAUCGCAACCUUCUUUCCAGAGGUCAGAGUUUAAAAGCUUGUGAGUUUUGUGGUCUUGUGUUUAAGCUGCAGAUAUUGGAUACAGUGGAAGUGAGCAUCUGACUGUUAACAUUUUAACCUCCAGUUUUUCCUCUGAUUUCAGUGGACUCAAAGAAGAGUCUCAGUUUCUACCUUUUUACAACUUUCCACUGGUAAAACCAGUCUGUAGUGGUACAUAUGAAUAUGGAGCAGUCUUACUCCCUUAUGUUCCUCACUAGCCAGGGUGCAAAUGACAAACAUGUUGACCCAGUUAAGCUCUGACUGCCUGCACCAGACAAACAUUCACGGUCAGCCGUGGCAAAUCAAUUAUUUCGUAUGAUGUCUGAUUUUGAUCUUUAUCUGGAUCCGCAUGUGAGGUGUGUGUCUGCCCACAGGUGGAAGCGUCGCUCUCCUCUGUGGUAUCAAAUGCUUUUGGCUUUGGUUAAUUACAUAAAACGCACUGUUCGGAAUACUUUAAGGUGGCCUUAAUCUUAACUCGUGUGACAGACAAGGGCAUUUUCUUUGGUCUUACCUUGUCGUAAAGCUAAAACCCCGUCAGCUGUGUACUUGCAGUCAUAACACUGCCUUUCCCAGCGGGUCAGGUUACCACUGUUUGUACUUUUUGCUGUCCCUGUGCCUCACCCCCUGCAUGGCAGAGCUGACCUGCAUCUGCUUACACAUAAUAUUAUUUACAUCAUGCCUCUCCUUCACAUUUUGAUUCUGUCCCCCUCCCCCUUUCCUUUUCUUUCUUUUUUUUAUGACCCACAUACACAGCUGGCUAUGCACCCCAAAGUCAGGGGGAUUUCUCACAAUAACUGCAAAAGAUGUUUUUCUAAAAUGUAACAUCAAACUUUUUUUAGGCUUGCUAGUGGCGUGGCUCUGGGGAUGGUUAUGUCAGUCUUCCUGUUGGUGUGUCCAUCACGUUGGUCCAGGCUGAAAUAGCUCAACAACUAUUGGAUUUAGAUUUUGUAGAGUCAUUCAUUGACUUUGCUGACCCCCUGAUUUCUCCUCUAGUGCCACCAUCAGGUUGACAUUUGUGGUUUUGAGUGAAACGUCUCAACAACUAUUCUCGUCAGAUUCAGCACAAGCAUUCAUGUCCCUCUGAGGAUAAUAUCGUAAAUAUCGUUUGAUGCUCCUUUAAGUUUUAAUUCAGUGUCAUCAUCGGGUUAAAAUUUCAACUUGUCCUAUAGUUUGGUUUAUGACCAUCAACCUUAGCUGGCCUUUGUGUUUAGUGUUAAUUGAGACUUGGAUUAUACUAUAAGAGUUAUGUGAGAGUUUGUUUUGCUGUCAUUAAAUGUGGACCCAAAUGACUUUUUUUCCCCAUUUUUGGAUUCACAAAAUUCAACAUAAGACAGAGUGAGUAAGUAAUACACAAGUGGUCAUUUGGGGGGUGAACUAUUCCUGUAGGCGGCAUAGUGGAACAGUGGUUAGCAUUGUUGCUUCACAGCAAGAGGGUUCGAAUCUGAGGGUGGGGGAGCCCUUCUGUGUGAAACCUGUAUGUUCUGCCCUUGUCAGUUUGAGUUUUCUCCAGGUACUCCAGCUUCCUCCCACAUCCAAAGACAUGCAGGUUAAUUGGUGACUCUAAAUUGUCCAUGAGUGUGAAUGGUUGUCUGUCUCUAUGUGUCAGCCCUGUGAUUGUCUGGUGACCUGUCCAGGGUGUACCCCACCCUUCACCCAGUGUCAGCUGGGAUAGGCUCCAGUCCCCCCACGACCCCUAACAGGAUAAGCAGUUAUGAAAAAUGAGCUAUUCCUUUAAGUAUAGCUUCACAGUGCCAUCAGCAUGGAUGCAGACUCGUAUAGUGAAAACAGACAUCUCACAUUAAGCCAACCAUGGUUGCCCUUUUUUCAUUUGUCCAAAAGCAAACAAAGUUAUGUCAGGGUUAGUCACUCAGGACAAGUAGCUGAUGUCAGACAUUAUCAUUUCACAGACACCAGGAUUUUUCAAACUUAUUGACAAUUCCUUGAUUUGUCUUGCGGAAAAUUCCCACCUUUCUGGGCUGAAACAAACAAAAGUAUAUGUGCUAACAUAUACUACACUUUCACACACAUAUUACUUGACUGCAGCUGCUGGCAAGCAAACGUUAAGUCCACUGCCACUCGUCGGUGAGGUUCAGAAAGUCCUUUACUCUCCACUCUAAAUGUACCAUGAAGCUGACUUUAGCCUUUUCAGUUGCACAGUGUUGAUUCCUUGGUGUUUGAAGUGAAUGUCUGAUCAUAUGAAUGUCAAAGUUACAAUGUACAGUAACAAUGUGAAUGCUCUCCGCCUUCACGCUGCCAUGUGGGUCUAGUUUCCAAGCCUCGGGGGGGCAGCAUUACAGCCAAAAUGAGCAAUUGUUUUAGGGUACUUUCCUCGUAAUGAAAUACAUUUGUAGGCAGCUGUGUAAAUAGACUGAGGGAUAGAUAACUGUAGCAUCUAUCUAUCUAUCUAUCUAUCUAUCUAUCUAUCUAUCUAUCUAUCUAUCUAUCUAUCUAAUGUUCGUCAGUUAUUAUUUUCGCUACGUUAAAGCACAAUGAGAUUUUACAUUUACAGUUUAGAAAGUAGAUAUCAAGAUGGAAACUGCUGUAGAUCUCAACAAACACACACUGUAUAUGUGAAGAUGAUGAGUGUUAAAGUUUCUGAAUGUAUAAAAAGACUUCUGAACAUAAUUAUCAGCCUUGUGUAAAGAAUCGUAGGAAAAGGCUUUAACUUUUUACUUUAGAGUGUCGUUAAAUUACAUUUGAUUUUAUGUUUGAUUUUUGAUAUAAGGUCAAUAUUUAUUUUUUACCAGCGCUGUAAUAACACUUCAAUGAUGUCUUGAAUGACUAAUGAACAAAGAAUGUGACUUCUGUCUUCCCUCUGCUUUUUCCAUUGUGUUUAUAUAGCUAUGAAAUAAUACUACAAACAACUGAAUGAUGUUUUUUAUUUACAGUUAAACUGCUAUGUUAUGGAUUGUAUAUUUGCUUGUUGCACCUUUUGCAUGUCUGACACUGUCUUCUUUUCUUUUUUUCCUGACAGAAUUAUACAUUAAAUCUUUACCAGUGAAAUCUCUCAA